GUCUACAUUUUCAACCCUGUCAUUGCUGUUGUCAGAGAAAUUUAAGUCGCUGUUGUAGAGUCUGGGUUCGUUAAGAUCGGUCAAUUUGGUCAAUUUGGUCUAUUUGGUUUGUUGGAAAUUAUGCCCGUAUUGUGCGUAUGCUUAAACAUAUAGCCUAACGUUAGUUCCGAUCUAUCGCUUGGGAAGUGAGGCUUGCUAGCUGAGAUUAGCGUGCAGCUGGCAGGUAUGCAGUUAGCAUUUAAUAUGGCUACAUUAAUGGCAAAUAUGUCAUACAUUGAGUAGCUUAAUAGCAACCCCUAUUAUCAUGGACCAUCAGUGUGUGGGGGGUUUAAACAGGGAUUUAACAGUGUUGAAACAAGCAGACUGAGUAAACGUAACGUGCGAAUUUAAUCGUAUUUAUUUAGUAAAUGCAGAGUAGCCUUUCAAUGACAAUGUGUUGGCUUUAAAAUCGACAUGACUGUCAAGCAACCUCUGACUACAGGGCUGUUCCGUUUCCCAAAUCGCCCUGCUGCUCGUUCUGAUUUACUGACGUGUUCAAAGCACACGUAGCUAGUCAAGUGGCUGCAGCAGCCGAUGCGUAGCCUAUCCUUUGUGCUGUGUUUUGGUAGGGAAGGUUGUUCAGUGUUUUGUGUACAAAAUGCCGAGAAAUAGUUCUAGAUACAAGGCACUACAGACAGGCAACGGCGGUACGACCUCCGUUUGUGACCAAGUCCGCAUGCCGCGUAUGCGUUUUUUGGUAAUCUGUCUCUGCGGUGCGUUUGUGCUUGCUAUGAUCUUGGGAAUAUACCUGUCAAACGAGGCGACCAACUCCAGAAUUCUGUCAGCAGAUCUCACCAAAGACAAGUUCAAUCAUAAGCCUAGCAAGUUAUCCCUGGCCCAGGUGCGUAAACUAGCUGCCCAGGUAGACAUAUCACGUCUGUGGGAGAAACAUCUGAGACCAUUCUUAAUAGAGAGGCUUCCAGGAACACCAGGCAGCCAAGCUGUGAGACAGCACAUCAAGUCUCAGCUCGCAUCGCUACUGACGGGCUGGACAGUCGAGGAGGACCUCUUCAAAUCAGCCACUCCACGAGGCCUGGUCACCUUCACCAAUGUCUUGGCUGUACUGGACCCUUUAGCCCCCCGCCGCCUCCUUCUGGCCUGUCACUAUGACUCCAAGUUCUACGCACCGGACCCCAAGCACCCUAAACGUGUGUUUCUGGGGGCGAGCGACUCAGCUGUUCCCUGCUCCAUGAUCCUGGAACUCGUCACAGUUCUAGAUGUGCAGCUGAACGCCCUUAAACAACAGCGGGCUGCUGUGACCCUUCAGCUGGUCUUUUUUGACGGAGAAGAGGCAUUUGAGGAGUGGACAGACACUGAUUCUAUCUACGGCUCUCGCCACCUGGCUGAGCGUAUGGCCCGCACGCCAUAUCCCACCGCCACCUCUCACACCAACCUACUGCAAGCAGUGGAUCUGUUUGUUUUACUGGACCUGUUGGGUGGGCCUGAUCCACUGAUUGUCAAUCACUUUGACAACACAGCUCAUUGGUUUGACCGCCUCAUAGCUGCAGAGAAGAGAUUGCACAGGCAGGGCCUGUUGUUUUCCCACCCAUCUGAACAAAGCUACUUCAGGAAGGACGUGUACCUGGGCCCUGUGCAGGAUGACCACAUCCCCUUCUUACAUAGGGGUGUUCCAGUGCUUCAUGUUAUACCCACGCCAUUCCCCCCAUUUUGGCACAAAAUGGAGGAUGAUGAGGAGAGGAUGCACCGGCCCACUGUGGAAAACCUCACUAAAAUCAUGGCAAUCUUCUUGGCAGAGUAUUUGGGCCUUUGAACACACACACACACACACACACACACAUACACACACACACACACACAGCCAGACUCAGGAACACUGCAGCAAAACUGAAAGUACAUACUUCUCUAUGCGACUGCUAAAAAGUUGUGAUGGGAGUCUGACAAUGAAAAGUUUGUGUAUGGCCAGACAAGGGACAGCUGUCAAAGAAUAAGACUUGCAUUUGGAUGGACACGUGUACUCCAAUUCUCAGUGACUUAUGGAGGCAGAACUCAGAUCAUCAACAUUGGUUCCAGCUGAAUAGUGGUUUCUGUUGUUGUCAAGUUGUGGGAAGGUUGUGUACAGACAGUUGUUUUUUGUUUUUGGUUGAUUUCACUUCGUUGCACUAGCAGCUGUCCUCCUGAUGUCUCCUCACAAAGUGCCAGUCAUGUCUCAUCAUGUCCUUGAGACUAGGAUUGUGCUAACCUUUUUAUGGUACUACAGCUCACAAAAGCACAUACUGGAAAGUUACCAGCUAAAUGGGAGGAAAUAUUCUGAAUAUUAUUUUCUGCCUUUGGUGAAGGAGUUCAUGUUGUUGUAUAUACACUGAAUUGGCGUUCCCCACUCCCUUCUUUCUACAACUGAGCUACAUGUGUGUUCAAGUUGGAAAAGAUGAGAAAUACUUAAUUGAAUAUUUAAAUGUCAACAAUUUGCCCUUCUCGGAAGUACAGCGUGUCUUUUACAUGUUAUUCUAUGUGGUGGUGUAAUCCUGUUUUCAUACAUGUUUCACAUUAUUUAGACCAAGUGUGAACUGAACUUGAAAAGAAACUGUGAAGAUAUCUCACACUGACCUCUGCUAUAGAUUCUACCCUCUGAUAUAUGUAAGCAGUUUAUAAUUAAUGGAGACAUUUUCUCAAAUUGACUUGAUAAGUAGGCUAAAAUGGAAUAGUAAUAGAAUAAAACGUAGUUAGGAUGAAUUAAAACUGAAACAGCGCAAUUACAGCAAUACAUUAUGAAAGACACAUAUACAUUUGUGCCAACUUAGUCAAACACUGCAAAAAGACUGUUGUUUUAACUGGAGCCUUUGUAAGUGUACAUAGCAAUCCACCACAUUUGUUGCUUACAAAUGAUGGCAGAUACAUUUUACAUGAGCCUAUGUACUUUACUUUGUCAUUAAUUAGCUGUUUUUAAAAUAGAUCUGUUGGCAGCUGAAAGUUAAAUGUACUGCACACAAUAUGGCUCUACAAACUUCACAAACUUGUCUCAGAAAGUUACAGUUGAAUAUUGAAAAAUGUGUUUUUGGAAAUUGCCCUCUACACUGACUUUCAGCAUAGGUACUUACUGAUACUUUCCCUCUAGGAUUGAACUCAUUACCUUAUAUGUAAUACUAAAAUGGUCACAUUUUUAUCAUGGAUUACAGGAUGCAUUCCUAACAUAUUGGUUGCGUUGUUAGUCUAUAGCAAAUUUGACAUUUUUAUAUGGCUUUAAAAUCAACAUAUCAAUAUUGCUUUGUUUUGGUUCUUCCCAUUUCUCAGAUACCGGUAUUCAUAUUUUAAGAUUAAUUGACAUGACAUUUGCUGUGAAUCUUUUUUACAUGAACACAGAAAUCCACAAACAUGCUGUUCAGUAGAACAUAACUUUGUACCGGUUUCUGCUUUUGAAGACUAUUGGGAUUUGACUGGAAUUUAGGCAGAGAAUCAGAUUGCACAAAGGUGUUGUGAUUUACUGUAAGACUCUAGGAAAAAGGCAAACCAUUUCAACAUAAUGCUGAGCUUUUGUAAAAGAUCACCCCACUUAAGCGAUGGUUAUAAAUGUUUAUUACAAUGACAUAACUGUAUAUAAAAAAUAAAAUGCCUUUUAAAUGUACAAAACAGCUAUGUUUCAGAAGAAAAACAGGAAAAAUCCCUUUACUAAAACCGUUCAAAUAAGUGUCUUUGGUUGAUGGAAGUAUGUUUAUGUGCAUGUGUGUAAGAUGUGACAAUAGCAACAACCAUGAAAUGGACAGAAAAAAGACGUGAAGGGAUGAAUAAAACAGCUGGAAAACAAGACAAACAUUGUAGACAUGAUUCAAGAACAGAUGUACACUUUUUACAUUCUGUAACAGCAUUUCAUUGUACACGCACACACACUUUCCCUUAAUCUCCAUACAGUAUAAUGAAUGAAGGAGUAUGAAUAGACAAACAUGCUUGAAGGAGUCAUUUCCAAUAUAAAAGGCAAUGAAACAACAACUUUGGCGAGGAAAUGGUUUACAUCCUAUCACGAGCAUACACUUACAGCAUAACUAAUAACUGACAGGUGGCCUAUCAUUUUUUUGAAAGAUGAAAACUCAGACUGUAGUUUGACAGGAACCACGUGGUUAUGGAUAAAUACAAUGGCUCCUAUGUAGACUUCCAUUCAGUACAUUCUUU